UAUUGAUUUCGGUUGGCUGGUAUAUAAUCUAGACUGCAGCAAGAGAGAUAACUCCUUGAUUGGUGUUGCUUACUACGUAGAAAUUAUGCCCCCUUGUCUGACAUUCCUGGCAGAACAUCUCCUCCCCUCCCAAGCACAGGAUCCCCCUCUCUCUCCUUCCCCUCCCCGUUGAGCAAUGGUACUUCUCGUCAGUCUGUUGCCUCCCUCACAAGAUAGAGAGCGGGUUCGCUUCAUUGACAACGAGUAAGUUGUCUCCCCUCUGUGUUCUUGAUGUGAGAGACUUGCGGCUACCUCUAGUAGUGAGUGACGGAUUACCUAAUCAGCUACACUAGGACUCACCACAUGCUAUAAUCCAUUCAACUUACCUACCCCCCCCCCACGCCCUCUCCAUUUUUUUUCCUUCACAAUGCUCGUCUUGUGUUACACUUUUGUGUCCAGUUAUUGACAGUGUGGAUAUUUGGAUGUACUUUAGACAGCGUCACACGUUUCUGUACUGCGUUACUCUCUCUUCCUAUUGGUAUAUUAACUACUCUCUUGUUGCCUUGUAUCUGAUCACAAGUGCCGAAAGUUUUAGAGGUGAAUAACCAAAGUGUUGAUCACGUUUCAAACUGGAUUUAUAGAGACCCUGAUUGUGUUUGGACUAACUCUUCAUUCUAUAGGUCUUUACUUGAUGGGGACUUCACGUCAUUAUGAGUGAACCAUGAUAUCGGAUGAGUGGUCCUUGAGUGGACCGUGAUGUCAUUUAUGCCCUGAGUGGGCCGUGAAUGGACCAUGACUGCUUAUGUCAGCUGGAACAACACAAAUGUCAGUUCAGCCGGAAAUCUUUCUAACAUUACUUCCUUUGACAUUGACCCUAUCUUGUCCCAGGAGGCCAAGACCGGUUUAAUAUUGCUGUACACCUUGACCAUCAUCUUCUCCAUCGUGGGAAACAUCCUGGUGGUCAUCGUCUUUACCAAGGGGAGGAGAUGUCGGACGGACAUCAGGCCGUUUCUAAUCAACCUUGCUGUAUCUGACCUGAUCAUGGCCUUGAUCUGCAUGCCCUUCACAUUCACCUUCGUCAUGACCCGGACGUGGAUAUUCUCCAAACCCAUGUGUCCCAUCGUGCUCUUCAUGCAGCACCUGUCUGUCUCGGCCAGCGUCUUCACCAACAUGGCCAUCGGAAUCGAUCGGUUCCUGGUGGUCACCUUCCCCCUUAAAGCCCGGAUGACCUCGCGACGAGCUAAAUACACGCUCUGCAUCAUCUGGAUCUGUUCCACGAGUCUUUCAUCUGUCCAGCUGGUGGUGGGCCGGGCGGAGGAUCACGGGGUGAUAGUGGACUGUGACGAGCAGUGGCCGACGCCGGGCGCCAGGAGGACGUUUACUAUGUUCGUCCUGUUCAUCACUUACAUCACCCCGCUGACCAUCCUAGCCAUCACCUACUCAGUGGUGUCCAUCUUGCUGUGGAAGCGGACAGCGCCCGGCAACGCCCAUGAAGUACGAGACAUUCAGCAGUUGAAGGCCAAGAGAAAGGUCAUCAAGAUGCUGGUGCUUGUGGUCAUCAUGUUCGGCCUGUGCUGGCUGCCUCUCCAUACAUUCUUCUUAGUGAUAGACUUCAACCCUCAGCUAAUGGUCAACCAGUCCGAGGCCAUGGAGAGGUUAUUCACCAUCAUUUUCUAUUCCGCCUUCUGGUUGGCCAUGUCUAACUCCUGUGCCAACCCCAUCAUCUAUGGCUUCACCAAUGAAAGUUUCAGGGCUGACCUGGCAAGUCUUUGUUAUAUUUGGUUUCCAUUUUGUAUUUGCUUGAAAAAACUGGCCAGCCGGAAGUUGAGCGUAUCAACCAAUGACUCGAUGUACAAUAAACGUUUUUGCUCCUUGAGGAAAAGUCCUACCAGUUUGACCAACAAACAACAGAGUGUAUAUAAAAAUGGUAGCAAAAUGUAUAUAGACUUUAGAAGAGACCGAGACAGUACACGAGGUCGAAGUAACGGAAGUAUGAAUGACUUUUACAGGGAUGGCCUUGACCUUGAGAUCCGGGAGAGCAACAGCAACGGAUCCUGCAGUCAGUGCUGCCACCUGGACCACGUCCGCCAACACCGACGCCACUAUCACAAAACUCGGCGCUCUCAUAGUAAUCAUUUUCAUAGAGGAACGCCCUACUUGAGCACAUCGGAGCCCAGCGACGCCCAGCAGACGUCCUCGGGCGACGACAUCACAGUUACAUACUCCCCAGCCCCACACGCGCCCAAGUCAGGCGAGAUGUGCCAUAAUAGAACUUCUGACAGCGGCAGUGGCUCUGUUCGACUCUACCCGCUGCCUGAAAUAGACGCGGCUGACCUGUAAAGUGGUCACUUGCCAGUGCCCCACAACCCUUCCAUCCCUGCCAAUCCUCCCUCCCCCUCUCUCUCUCUCUCUCUCUCUCUCUCUCCCUCUCUCUCGUGCGUCACGUAGAUCAGAGACUGAUAAGGAUAAAUGGCCGGUGGUUGCCAAUAUGUGCCAUCUAUCGUCUCAAUGGCUGGAGAUACUUUCAUCAAUUUUAUGGAAAUUCACAUGACUCUGUUCGUUAAUUCAACUUUAGCCAGACGGGAGAUUUAUUGUGCUAAAGAAACAAAGUUGGCAAGUGAGACCGAAAUAUCAUUUAAAAAACUACCAACAGAUGCCCUCCAUUCUAAAUUCAACCUAUCUAGACCAGCAGAGGACAAAACCAAACUCUACAGAUCAUUUUGAAAUCAAAUAUUUUUUAAGUUGUUUUUUUUAAAGAAAAACACAUUUUUUGUGUGUGUUUUAUAAAUUAUUAUCAGGGUUAUCUCACCCAUUUGUAAAGAAUAGAAAGAAAACUGUCAACUUGUUUAUGUCAGAGGCCCCAGGACGGAUGUGGUUGUCCCUGCAAACAAGGCAGCUUCCCAAUUUAGAUGUACUAAUCCCAGCAGCCUGGAAAUAGCAUUCUGGUAUAUAUCCCAUUGUCGAGUUCAGUGGAAUACAUUACUAGUAAAUAGGUUUGCAUUCAUCUCUUUACAAGUGUGUACGAAACAAAGGUGAACAUUUAAACUGAAAAAAAUUGAAUUAUUUAAUUAAUCCACGACAUAUUUAUUAUAUACACGAAAGUAAAAAGGAACUGAAUCGUUUUAGUCCCAGAAUACAUUUGGAAUGUAUUCGUAAGUCAUAGACAUCUCUCUCUCUCUCUCUCUCUCUCUCACACUCUCUCUCUCUCUCUCUCUCUCUCUCUCUCUAUAUAUAUAUAUAUAUAUAUAUAUAUAUAUAUAUAUAUAUAUAUAUAUAUGGGCAUAUAAUCAAUCUUUCAUUAGUAAGAAUUCUAAAUCAAUCGUGUUCAAUACAAUGUAAAUGUUCUGCAAUAAUUUGUAAUGUAUCAUACAUUUUGGCUGUACAUAGUUUCAAUUGUCACCCUGUUAAGUGUUUGGUUUAUUAACCUAGAUAUCUAUCUCACGUUCAUCCAUUGGGUUGUCUAGAACAUUAGCUAUGUAUUUUCAUUGCCUCAUUUCACGUAUCAUUUUGAAAUCAGAUAUUAUUCCUAUUAAUAACAUAGACUGGCUACACAUGUAUUGUAGUUGACUGUCCGAAUGAAAGAAAUAACCCACGUGAUAUCAAACCAAUCUACUGGUAAAUCUAUAACUUUGGAAGAGAAAAGGGGUGAAGGCAAUUUCAAAAAGACAAUCUAAAACUAACCCCAGAAAACCUUAACCCAGUAAACCUUAACUUAAUAAUAUACACUCUGAAACAACAAGAAAAGAGGCGAUGUUACAAUGUAGAGCAGUGGACUUUUUAAAAUGUGUAUUGUGACUUUAGAUUCCACACAUGAUAAAAAAAAAAGGAAAAUACCGUUUGCGUUUAUCUCAAGCAUCCGGCGAUCCUCUUUUCGAGCAUCUUCUUGCAUUCGUAACUUCUGAAAACUAUUCCCCUGGUGUCUACAGUUCAUUAUUUAUCCUAGUAAAAAAGACAAUACUGCUCGAGUCAAAUAAAGUUAGAAUGAGUAGGGCGCUGCCCUGAACUGAAGUCUCAGGAACAAUGGAAACAAAGUAGCGUGACACUAUUGUAAUAACAUUUUCGAGGAAAGCAAAACAUCUUUUAGCAGAUCUUUGUUGUUGUUUUUUUUUUGGUCACUCAGAAGCCUAUCACAGAAAUAUUGUUCAACGCUCUGUAGAAGUUCAGCACUUUCAACUUUAGACGGAUAAAAUCGAUUAAGGCGUAGAUAACUGGAAAUGUCUUCUUCAAAUGAACUUUUGAAAUCAAUCUGAGUGCCUGUAACCCUUGGUAUAAAAUGAUCACCCUCUUGUGUCAGCAAUCUGGGCUUACGGCCAAUCAGUUUGGAAGCAUAAAAUAAAUAAACACAUGUUAUUGCAACUGAGUCCAAUCAAUCGAGCGUAAGAACGUGGCAGAAACUUGAAAUUUAAAAAAAAGCACAGCAAAAAAACGCAAGUUGCUCCAUGAACGCAAAUUGCUCCAAAAGAACACAAAUGGCUCCAAGAACACAAAUGGCUCCAAGAACACAAAUGGCUCUAAAAAUCGCGUAGAUGAACGUAUAAUUCAUCGUGAUGCAAACAACUAAUACUGAAUUGUUUCAUCCAGAAAUCCUUUGCUCUCUUUUUAAUGUUGACAUGUCAAAAGAUGUCGAAUCGUGCUUGGCGGUGAAUCGUGCUUGGCGGUGAAUCGUGCUUGGCGGUGAAUCGAGCUUGGCGGUGAAUCGUGCUUGGCGGUGAAUCGUGCCUAGCUGUUAAUCGUGCCUGGUGGUGAAUGGUCCUCACUGGGUGAAUAGGUCCUAGAGUUUAAUGUCUGGGCAUUGCAUUUAGGGUGCGAGUAUAUUCAUUUGAAUUGCUGUCUGCAUUAAUGUACUGUGAACUAUUUCAUGAAGAUGUUAACAUAAUGAAUUGAAAUGAAUUGAUAAAAAACCUUUUAUAGCUCCCAUCACUAGCAAUCAGCUCAAACUUAUAUUGUUGUUAUAGUUUUGUUAUUAUUCUACCUUCACUAUGUAUUCCUUAUCAAUAAUGUACUUUCUUUUGAAGUGGCUGGCACACAUGAAAAAAAAAGGUUUUAGGAAGCUUUUUAUUUCAGAACAACAAAAAAAAGGUUUACUCAUUUUAUUGAUGGUAUCCAUGCACUUUUUAUUUGUGUAUUUUAAAUGCAUUGUCAUUUUAGCGGCCCCCGAAAGGGGAAAAGACGCUAUUAGUUUUGUGUGGAAUGUCUGUCCGUCUGUCCCGUUUAGAUCUGGUAAACUAGAAAAGAUAGUGAAAAUCCGACAUCAUAAUAUUUUAGACCAUUCAAAGUUCUGAUGCAACGGCUACUUUUUCCUUUUAUGAAAGAGAAAAAUCUAAUUUUUUAAAUCACUUAUGCAAGCAGUUUUUUCAUAAAAAUACACCACUUUUACAACUAUUCACUAUUAAUAGUAACAAACACGGAAGGCUCUUUAGUAUAGGGAAACACAUUACACCAUAUUUAUAACACAUUUAUGCAAAUGGUUUUAGUUGGUUUUUUUUUGUCAAAGAAAACUGUUUUGCAUUUGUAUUGCUAAGUUAAGUAAGUUCUGUCAUACUAACUAAUACAUUUACACGAAAAAUUUGUUACUUUUUUAUUAAAGAGAAAAAAUCUAUUUAGUUUGCAUAUAAGUUGGACAUAAUUUAAAACAACAAUUAAUAAGUAGUUUUCAUAUUAUCGCGGGGACUGCAGUAGCCAAAUACAUACAUUAAACACAUAACUAUAGCACAUUUUUUUUACGGAAAUGUUUUUUCUUGAGGCUUUGAAUAAGAGAUUGACCCUUUACAAAACAAUUAGAUCAAUUAGAUAUUCAUUAAAGGACAUCAGACCAGGUUCACAUCAAACUUCACCUUCACCUAUCCUUUGGUCUGCUGGUCCAUUGGGGCACCACACAAGAUCAGUCAAUCUUCUUUCUACAUUCUUUUCUGUCAUUUGUUUUUUGAUAGAACUUCAUUCUGAUUUUCUUUCUGAAAAUAUUGAAACCUGCCUUUUUACCUGCCUGGGUGGACCACUUCGGGGGUCGAUUUUGAGUUUGUGUUUCACACAAACUGUCUUUGUAACCUUUUUUUACUUUCUUUGUUUCUUCUUUGAUUGUUGUGCUUGUCUUUUUCUUCAACAGUAAAUUGGAGGUAAGAGUCCAACUGUUUCAAAGAACGUUUGUGAUCAUUUCAUUGUGUUUAUGGAGUGACUGGAAUGGUUUUGCCAUUGGUAUGUUCUACAAACUAUGUGAUAUUAUUUUUUUUAAAUAUAUUUAUUUGUAAUUCAUGUCUCAGAUUAUGUCAGUUGAUUGAAACACACACACACACACAAUCUCGACAAGAAUUUAGGAAAUGUGUGUGUGUGUGUGUGUUGUUGUAAAAUCACAAAGAAAUUCAUAAAUUAAAAUUAAAAUAAACUGAAA